CGAGGAAGAACCAUCUUCGUUCUCCCUGGCUCUCCACUCUUUACCAGAACCAGAAGCAGAGGAAAAUGGGUUCAGUUUCACUAAAAAUUGGAGAUGGAACUGCAAGAUUCAAAAGGGCAUCACUCUGCUCCUCAGCCGUCAACAUUCUCAUGCUUUUCUCUGUUAUCACUACCAAUCUCUUUGCUUUGUAUGCCUUCACAUACUCCCCAGCCCACGACCAAGACCACCACCACCACAAGAACAUCUCUCUCAUCUCUGAGCAAGUCUCUCUGAUCCUCAAAGAGAUUGAUUCUUCUCAAAAAAAGCUGGCCCAGAUGGAAAAAGAGCUUCUUGGGUACGAUAGUCUUGAUCUGUCAAGGCCCAAUCUCGCAAGGGAGCUUAAAUUGUUCCUGGAGCACCACCAACUUCCUCUGGGGAAAGAUUCCAGAACUGGGAUCACUGAGAUGGUGGCAUCUGUGGGGCAUCCUUGUGAGAAAUCUGCUGAUUUAUUGUCCCAGUACAUGAGCUACAAGGUCUCUGGGCCUUGUCCUGAUGAUUGGAGUCUUGGGCAGAAGCUGAUUUUGCGUGGAUGCGAGCCUUUGCCGAGAAGGAGGUGUUUUGCCAAGAAUGUUCCCAAGGUUGGUCUUAGUCCUCUUCCUGUUUCUCUUUGGAUACCUGUUAGUAAUAAGAGUGUUACUUGGAGUGGUCUUGGUUGCAAGAAUUUUGAAUGUUUGAAGGGUAAGAAAUUGAGUAGAGAUUGUGUUGGCUGCUUUGAUUUGGUUAGUGGAUAUGAAACUCAGAAAUAUGUUAAGGCUAGAGGCAAGAAUGAUUUUCUUAUUGAUGAUGUUUUAGCCAUGGGAAAUGGUGGAAUUAGAAUUGGGUUUGAUAUUGGGGGUGGGUCUGGGACCUUUGCUGCUAGGAUGGCCGAGAGGAAUGUCACUGUGAUCACCAACUCCUUGAAUAUUGACGCCCCCUUCAGUGAAUUCAUUGCUGCAAGAGGUCUGUUCCCUCUGUUUAUGAGUUUGGAUCAUAGGUUCCCUUUCUAUGAUAAUGUGUUUGAUCUGGUUCAUGCCUCAAGUGGAUUGGACACUGGCGGCAAACCAGAGAAGUUGGAAUUCUUGAUGUUUGAUGUAGAUCGGAUUUUGAGGGCUGGUGGGUUGUUUUGGUUGGAUAAUUUUUAUUGUGCCAAUGAUGAGAAGAAGUGGUCUUUGACUCGUUUGAUAGAGAAAUUCGGUUAUAAGAAGCUAAAAUGGGUUGUAGGGGAGAAGCCUGAUGAAGGCAAAUCUGAAGUUUAUCUUUCAGCUGUUCUGCAGAAGCCAGUGAGAAUGUGAUAAUUUGGAACUUUCCACAACUUCUGGAGGUAUUGUAUUGUUCCAAUUUGUAGCUUUAUCAACACAGAAUAUGUGCAAAUUCAUUCCCUUAAAUAUCCUCAUGAUUUUGUUUCAAGAAGAAAUAAAUGCUUUAAAUUUUCCUCACUGCUGCAAACCAGCAGUUUGGAGGAUGACAUAUAUGUGUAAUCUGUAGCCCUUCCCUAACAUGGGUUUUGUAAUGGUUGAUAUCAGUGUUCGAUCAUUAAACAAUGUGCUCCUAGGAAAUGGAAUCCAUAUUGAAUUCUUGAAUCUGCUUAGGUAUCUAAUGUUUUGAUCUUUCUGAUUGAUGUCAUAGGAACAUUGGUGCUUGUCCCAUGGUGAUAACCAUGAUAGUUUGCUCUGACAAUUGUAUGAAU